CGAGGUGACGGGAUUCUCGCGGUGUCGAACCCCCUCGUUCGUCCCGAUCGUACCGUCGUCGUUCGUCUCUUCCGUUCGUACAUCGUCCUCGAAAUUCGAAACUUUCGUGCCUGAACUUUACGCUAUCGCCGCGCGGCAUAUCGUCGCGAAGUUAAAGUGCUCGCGCCGUAACGUGACGUCUCCGUUUUGUGUCUCUCUCUUUCUCUUUCUGUGUGUAUGUGUGUGCAGCGCUUUUCUGUGCGCGUUUCUCUUCCCUCCGUCUUUCUCGUCCAAGUGGAUAUUAUCCGGUAUUUCGAUACCGCUACCAUCUAUAGACUCGUAACACACUUGACGUCGCGGUUUUAAGCUCUCUCGCGAAUCGCGACCACGUGACACUCACCUCGUCGCUGCUCUUGCGCAUACGGAAGCAGCCCGGCAUCGUACUUCCGCGCGAAAUUAGCCCCGGCACUUCCUCGAUCGCAAUACGCGCGACCAAAUUCGGAAAUACUCCGAUUAUAUCGUCCUCUCCUUUUACGGAUAUCUCGUCGCGACAAGUGAAUCGAUCCGAGUCUUCAACCGGUGCGGCGACGCGAAGACCUUCGCAUUCUCGUAUAUAUAUAUAUAUAUAUACGAUAUAUAUAUAAAUAUAUAUAUAUAUAUAUAUACAUUAAACGUCGAAAUCAUCGAGAUUAUCCUGGAUCCAAAGGUGACCAUGAAGGACGGAGCUUGCGACGACGCGCCCAAGUCGCAGAAGGUUGUCAACGACCUCGUGCAAGUCUCGAUUCCGCUGAUGCAGUGUGGCUCUCUGGAGAUCGGCGAGGAACGCCAGCGUCGGGUCGCUAUGAUGGAGUCGCUCUGCCAGGUGAACGGCAGUAAGACCAACGGCAUCAACAAUGAAGAUCUUAGCAACGAGACCAACAACAACAACACUAAUAACAACAACAACAACAAUACUCACACCAAUAACAACAACAACAAUAGCAACAACAACGCCACCGAAUGUCCGGAUCCUCAGCAGAGAUUGGCGGUGCUGAGCUUCGAGCAGGUCCGCCGUCUGAACGACGUGAUGAACGAAGUCGUGAGUAUUCACGGGCGAGGAAACUUCCCUACCUUGGAGGUGCGAUUGAGAGAUCUCGUGACGGUGGUGCGCAGCAAGCUAGAGACCGAUCCGAGCAACGGGGGCGCCGGCAUGAGGGUACGCGAUAUCCGGUUAAACGGCGGCGCCGCCUCCCACGUGCUGGCCACCGAAUCCCAGCCCUAUAACGACCUGGACCUUAUCUUCGCGGUCGAGCUGUCAAGCGGCCGUAACUACGACAAGGUCAAGGCCGCGGUGCUCGGCUCCCUGUUUGACUUGCUGCCGGAGGGCGUGAGCCGCAAACGCAUUACCACGUGCAGCCUGAAGGAGGCCUACGUGAGCAAGAUGGUGAAGGUGAACAACGACGGUGACCGAUGGUCUCUGAUCUCCCUCGGCAAUUCCCGAGGUCACCGGAACGUCGAGCUCAAGUUCGUCGAUUCGAUGAGGCGACAGUUUGAGUUCUCCGUCGACUCCUUCCAGAUUGUUCUCGACUCCCUGUUGCUGUUUUACGAAUGCAGCAAGCUGCCGAUCGCCGAGAACUUUUACCCGACCGUGGUGGGCGAGUCCGUCUACGGUGAUUUCCAGGAGGCCCUUUACCAUCUGCACAAGAAGCUCAUCUCGACGAGGCAUCCCGAAGAGAUACGCGGCGGCGGUUUGCUCAAGUAUUGCAAUCUAUUGGUGAAGAUGUACAAACCGUCGCAGCCGGAUUACAUCAAGACCCUCGAGCGAUACAUGUGCUCGAGAUUCUUCAUCGAUUUCCCGGAUAUAGGACAGCAACGCUCCAAGCUCGAAAACUACUUGUGGAAUCACUUUGUCGGGCCCGAAGAGGAGGCCCUCAAGUACCAGUACCUGAUGCUGUUGCACAGCGUCGUCGAGGAAUCCACCGUGUGUCUGAUGGGCCACGAACGACGGCAGACCCUCGCUCUGAUUCAGAACCUUGCCUACCAGGUGCUCUGCCAGGAGCAGCAGCAGCGACUGACGAGUCAUCAGCAGCCGCCGCAGGGUCCUCCUGCCACCUACGUCUACGCCAACGGCUAUUACUACGCGCCCGUGAUACCCACCGCGGCGUGCUACACAUGCACCUGCAAUUGGAUGGCGUGUUCGUCGUGAUGCGACAGCAUCGACGAUAACGCCGUGUCCGCAGACGCCGCCACCACUAUCCCCAUCGCCACAAAAACCACCGGCACCGCUACCACAACCAGUCGAGAUGUCAUCGACUGUUGCGGCGUUAACGAGCCCAACCACGUCAAUUUCUACAAUCAUGGUUGGUACCAGAAAUACGAGUGCGGGAUCUAUUAUCUUUGCUCUUACGGUUGCUGCUGUCCUCUCGAGGAGCCCAGGGAUUUCUGCUGCGCUUAUGGCUCUUUCGAGGAUCCCGCGAAUAUGGAGAACGUGAGAGACUACAUCGAUCACUCCGCCGACGUCAAGGAAUCUAAGCUCCUCAGUUGACGUUCAUUGGACGGACGGAUGAUGCAAGCUUUAAAUAACGGAGUGGUGUAGAAAUCCUCGGCAGAUCCGAGGAUGAUCUGGCGGAUGCGGGAACAACGAAACAGUGGAUCGAGAAAGCGGCGCGUUCGAGAAACGACGGACUAGAAAUAUCGUCGAUGAUAGAUAAGAAGGAUGGGCGAAGGUGGUGAACACGGGACGUGGAGCUUCUUCAUCGCGAGUCUCCGGCCUUCCGUCGCGAGUGUCACUCUUUCUAAGCACUCGCAAACACCUCUCAGUGUGGCAAAAUGCUGCAGCGAAGUUGGGACCAAACGCUGGUACCGGCUACAAUUGCGGCGUAACAAUUAAAAAAAAGGACUAUAAAAGACUCUCUGAAAACAAUGUGUUGUGCCUAUAGAAGUAAAAAGAAGAACAAAGGCAGAUCGGAAAACGUGUUCGGAGAGGAUUCAGGAAGGAAACGUUCCUCCGAUCGCGUUAAAAGACAAAAAGAAGGAUAACAGAAAGGCAAGGAUGAGAAGAAUGAGUGCCGUUUUCAUUGAUGAAGCGCGAUUUUGUUGGGUGAACAAAUGUCGUCCCGGAAGAAACGAUCAUUGUCGACGGAAUGGACGUCGACGUUGUAUACCACGCGGAUUCUGGACGACGCCGUGUUAGAGAGAGAGGAAACUGGGAGUAAAUCGGAAGACGCGAGAAGAUGUCAGGGAACUUCGUACAAAACAGGGAGGAAAAUUUAGUCGGAAAAAAUGAAGAGUUUACGAUCCGAGCGAGACGCGUCCCUCCCCCUCUAUUUCCAUUAUUAUUUUUUUUGGCUUUUUGUUUUUUUUUCUCUCGCGAUGUCGUGUGUCGAGUAAUAAUAAAUAAAAGGGGCGAGAAGAAAAGAAGAGGGGGAAGGACUGGAGAAUACAGAACGGUGGGAGAGAACGCGCGAGCGCGCGGCGCGUUUUUUUGUGUGUGGCUACGGAAAUAUAUAUAUAUAUAUAUAUAUAAAUAUA